AUGCGGUCAUCGCAAUAUAUUUGGCGUCCCUACCACUCAGAGGCGUUACUUGAUUUGAGGCGGUUUGCCUCGUCGGUUCGUCUGCAAACGGACUUUGGUGCGGCUACGCCGGCGCAGCGGCCGGUCAACUCCCUGUCACCCAUCUACGUCACGGAGCCUGCGUCAAGGAAAGGGACGUUUUGGAAAUACCUGCGUUCUGCCCGGGAUGAGGCACCGUACAUUGCAAUGGCUGUGGCUGGUGUCGGCCUCUACAGCAUGGCGACGCUGGCGAUCCCUGCAAGCUUUGGACAACUCAUUGACUUUGCCAGUAGAGGCGAAUUGCCGCUUGGGACGUCUGUGCAGCUGUUGGGGUGGUUUGUGCUUUCAGGCGUAGGCAAUUUUAUGCGAUUGGCGUGUAUUGGGUAUGCCGGAGAACGCGUCAUUGCGCGUCUGCGAAGUCGUCUCUACCGCGGAUUCCUCAGCCAACCAACCGCCUUCUUUGACUCCCCUGAAAACGCCACAGGGUCUCUGGUGCAGCGCCUCUCCAUGGACUGCAAUGUCGUGGGUAGCUCCCUCACAGAGGCGGUAACGCAAGGGAGCAAGAAUCUUCUACAGACGGUGGGUAGUGUUGGCAUUAUGCUGUACUACUCCCCAAUCCUGACAGGGGUGAUAUGUGGCAUGAUUCCCCCGUUGGCGGUGUUUGCUGGUUUUUACGGACGCUAUGUUCGACGACUGCAGCAACAGAUGCAGGACGCGCUCGCCGCAAAGGGGACGGUUGCGGCGGAAAGGCUGGGCAACAUUCGUACCGUAAAGGCAUUUGCCCGGGAGUCGGAAGAAUUGACGUGGUACGAAAAGAAAGUCGAGGUUGUCUUUCGGAUCAGUAAACGCAUGUUGUUUUAUAAUGCCGCGUAUACGGCCUCACUGCAGUUUGUGGGGUAUGGUGCGUUGUAUUGCAUCAUGUGGGCAGGAUCUAUGCUGGUGGCGUCAAACAACUUGUCGACCGGCGUCCUCUUCUCCUUCGUCCUUUACACGGUGUACUGUGGAAUCGGGCUCAUGGGGUUGACGAACCUGGCAACGGAAAUCAACAAGGGCUACGGUGCCAGUUUGCGCAUCUACGACAUCUUGGAAAAGGAGGAACAGCUGCAGAAGACGCAGGAUGAGGCACAGGCGACGAUUCCUUUGCAGUGCAAAUGGAACAUCAAAUUUAGUGAUGUCUCGUUUGCCUACCCGACACGUCCCGAGGCGCCUGUGUAUGAAAAGUUGAACUUGGAGGUUUUGCCGUCGUGUUGCACCUGCGUGGUAGGCAGCAGUGGCUCUGGUAAAAGUUCUCUUGCGCUGCUGCUCCUGAAGUUGUACGGCCCGACGCAGGGCAGCAUCACCAUCGAUGACCAGGAAGUGAGCAGCCUGGACACGCGUUGGCUGCGCGGCAAAAUUGGCUACGUGGGCCAGGAGCCCGUGCUGUUUGGUGGCUCCAUUGCACAGAAUAUUGCCUACGGUGCACCCAAUCACAACUGGGACGACCCAAUUGAUAGAUGGUUGUACUCCUCCAUUGUCGACGCGGCGAUGCGGGCCAACGCACACGACUUUAUCUCGGCUCUUCCGCAGGGCUACGACACUUUUGUCGGCGAGGGCGGCCGGUCACUGUCUGGUGGCCAAAAGCAGCGUAUUGCCAUUGCGCGUGCCCUGCUGCGGUCCCCCAACGUACUGAUGCUUGACGAGGCAACCUCGGCACUCGAUAGCGAGUCGGAGGUGGUGGUCCAAGAGGCCAUCAACCGACUCAUUGAGGAUGCCAAGCGGGGGAAGGAGAAGCGCACGGUUCUCAUCUUUGCACACAAGCUGAGCAUGAUUCGCAAGGCCGAUCACAUUGUGGUGCUUGACAAGGGGAGGGUCGCGGUGCAGGGAAGUUUCCACGAGGUUCGAAAGAAUCCUCUCUUCUGCCAGCUCGUUGGCCUUCCGUCUGCCGCCGCGCCUGCCGCCGCGCCUGCCGCCGACACUUCUGCCGAAAAGGGGUAA